AUGGCACAGUUUGUGUUGCUGUUACUUUUGCUGGUUACCAUUGCGAGUCCCUGCUGCUCUGAGAAACACAUAUACCAGGACACAAUGAUGGUGGGAAGUCCACCACACAGUCAGCGAAAGUAUGGAAAGAUACAGAGGACACCUGCAGAUAGAAAUGGAGCUGAAGUCAUUCGAUACGUCGGUGGUGCUGGAAUACCGGAUUCAUACAUAGUAAAAUUAAAGACCGGCCUCUCACGUGGGAAGGCAUUAGAUUUUACCAAUACUUUGAAAGCUGAAAUGACCACCACAGCCUUUGGCAACACAAGACGUGGUCGGGGGCCGCAAGUCGGAAAACUUCAUGAAGUAGGGGAAAUAAAGUUCCUUACAAUCGAGACAACCGAUAAGGGCCUUGCACAACUUCGUAGACAGACAGAUGUUGUUGACGUCAUUUACCAGGAUACCUAUGUGUAUGCCGACGGCUGUACAUGCCUGGUUGACUGUCAAAAUAAAACAGAGGAUCUCGGCGACAAACAGUGUUGGUCUUAUGAUACCGGUGUUUGGGGUCUUGACAGAAUCGACCAGACAACACGACUGCCUAACGGCAAGUUCAACGUGAAGGGAACAGGAAGUGACGUCGAUGUGUAUAUAUUUGACUCUGGGGUUUAUGCCGAGCACCAGCAAUUUUUACGUGAGGACAACAGCAGUCGGGUGACAUUUGGAAAUAAAGCAGACACCAGUUGGUCAGAUACAGACAUCAAUGGUCACGGGACGCACGUUGCAGGGACCGUUGGAGGCAUUACCACGGGAGUUGCCAAAAAUGUUAAGUUGAUCAAUGUGAAGGUAUUGAACGACGAAGGUAGCGGUUAUACCAGCGGAAUUAUGGCAAUGUUAGAGUGGGUCCGUGAUCAAGUGGACGUGACAAAACGAAAGUCUAUCAUCAAUAUGUCCUUAGGGGGACCGCAGCAAGACCUUUUCGAUGAUCUAGUCAACACGCUGGUGACCGAGGCUGGAAUUGUAGUCGUUGUCGCUGCUGGGAAUGAUAACUCACUGGCAUCGUUCACGUCACCCGCCAAUGCCGAGGAAGCCAUUACAGUUGGGGCAACGUGGGACAAUGACGACAGGGCCUAUUUCUCCAACUAUGGACCCAGGGUGGACAUAUGGGCCCCCGGACAGUUUAUCCUGAGUGCCUACGUAGGUAGCCCAGAUAGCUCUGCUAUAUCCAGCGGUACGUCCAUGGCUUGCCCCAUGGUGGCCGGUGCCGCCGCUGCCUACAUGAGUACUCUGGACCACAACCCAUCGCCUACAGAGGUUAGACAACACCUCAUUGCCACCUCCAUGGAUAACGUUGUCACUAACAUCCCUGAGAAAUAUUGUUACAAGGUGACUAUCUCCAGAGAAGAAGGUUGUUAUUGGUGGAUGGGAACCUGUGAACGGGAGAUUUGCCUGCCCGGUACCUCUGUAACCAGACUUUUGAACGUUGGAUGUGACCCCUCACACAGCAGUUAUGUUGAUACUCAGCUUGAGACGCUUUAA